AUGUGAGGCAGACCCGCUCGCCUUCAAUACGAUAUUUUUGACAUCGGCUUCUCUCUCCUCAGUCAGAUAAGCAACAACGUGCUCUCGUUUUUAUCAAGAUAAUCACUUAUCGUCAACUUUAAUUAAUUAAGGAGUAGGGGAUUCUUUUAUAAUUUGUGGUUUUUUCUAAAGGAGAUAAGCAUGGACCCAGCAGGACCAUCCUCCUUGGUCGGUUAUCAAGAUGACGACAAAGAAUCGAGGAACUUCUUGACCAAUCUGUACUACGAUUUGCAUUACUACCGCAGCGUCGUAGAAAAGGCCCCCCUCAUUUUGGGGAUGGUCGAAGACGACGACGACGACGACGAGGAGAGCAUCAUCAGCAAAGGGAUCCACUUGUAUGAGGAGGCUCAAAAUAGGGGCAAGCACGAGGACUACGCCAUGGACGAAGAUGAGGAGGAGGAGGACUCCAAAGUCAAAAUAAAGCGUGAGAAAUUGGACUCUGGCGUUACUCCUCCACCACUGACGGAAAGGUCCACCGCGAUUCUCGCCCUCCUCACCAAAGUUGCGGCCGGAAGUGACGAAGAUGACGAUGACGACGAGGAUGAGCAAGCGGUGCAAAGUGGAAAGAAGAAGAAAUCUCUCAAUAUUUGGAACAUGAUGGAUAAAAAGUUCAGAUUUUGUCCGCGGUGCAGUAAUCUCCUCCAGGUUAAUCAAAAAGUGAGCGGAAAAGCGACUGAUGCUUGGCGUUGGAAAUGUAUGACGUGUCCUUACUCCCUCCCCGUCACGAGACAACAUCGCUACGUCACAUUCGUUGAAGAGAACCCGGAUGACGACCAGGAACUCAUCGUCGAAUCCUCGAAAGCUAACGAGCAUCGCCAAAAGACUGAGGUCAUCUGUCCCGAAUGCUCCCAUAACGAGGCCUACUUUUACCAAAUGCAAACUCGCUCUGCGGACGAACCCAUGACAAAUUUCUAUGAAUGUUGCAGCAGAAAGUGUGGCCAUCAUUGGCGAGAUUAGAACGUGCAUUAGAUAACAAAUCAUUAAUCUUAUUUAUUAUUCCUUUUACUGUAAUGUGAUGUGUUUUACAUAAUAAUAGUUUUUCGUACCAUAAAUAAACUAAACGUGACAUCAA